AUGAACGCCCGUGGAGCGAUCAGCUACAUUGAAUGGGUUCGCUCCAAUAACACCCGGGCAGAUCACCCCAACCCUGGGAAACUCAUUAUCCAGCAUAAUGACGAGUUCAUGUCGUGGAAGAUGUGCCAGUCUCAUCUUGUGGAGCAGCCUUCACCGGAAGAGCUCAACCUGAUCAACAACGCUACUAUGAAGGAGACAGAGAUGGGAAGCAAGAAUUCUAACACCGAAUGUCCGGGUAGUGUAAAGCCUUUCAUACGAUGCGCCAUUUGGCGCAAAUCCACGGAAGAGUCUCGCAACUGGUGGGUUGUUACAGAAGAUCCUCUUGUCAGCAUAUGGUGCAGGGCUUAUGGAAUCAGAUCUCUUUCGCCUGCGGAGGUUGAACAAGAGUACAGACAGAGGGUGCGAGAACGCAGAGUUAGAGCAGCAGGGGCAGAGACAAUUACCCAGCCAGUCAACCAAAGAGGCACUAGCACAAACAUUCCUGUUUCCGCUAAGGUCUCGUCAACAUCUGCGGGGGGAAAUGGACACGAUGGUCCCUCAAAGGCUGUUCUCCCCACUAACUCGCCUCAACAACCUCCACCCACUGCACACACUGCCGUUGCACCUCCUCUAGCUGGUGGAAAUAACAUCUGGAGCGACUCUAAUUCAGGCUGGAAUGAUAUGGCACUACAGUCAGGGUUUCUUCAACAAGAACCUGCUGGCGGAGUAGGACUUGGAUUUCCUCCUGUGCCACCAAGCCAUAUGAUGAACCACAACUAUUCCGCCUACGGCCAGUUUGGACCGCCUCAAGAUUUUCCUGUCUAUCCUAAUAUGCCAGGGGUGGACCCUUUCACUGGCAUGGACUACUCCAUCGGACCAUGGGACCCGUAUGACCCUUACUACAAUGGCAACUACAACUACGGGAAUCACGCCUAUCCUAGCCAAGGAUACACGCACCAGACAGGCUUUGGUCAGUCCAAAAACGCCCCUGACACUGGUCCCACCUUAAGUCAAGGCACAAAUUCCUUGACAGGCACACCGGCACAGAACUCUACACCUGAGUUUGGAGAAGACAUACGUACAGUGACAUCGAACUGUGGCCAGGCAGACACGAAUGACUUUUCUCAUUUCAAUUCGUUUGAUUUCCUAGAUGAAGGUGAUGUUGCAGAAACAGACGACAUAAAGAGUGUGGAGAGGCAACUAAAAGAGGUACUGCGAGUGGAGGGCUAUGACGGUAUCAAUGAAACAGCUGGUGGAGCUACAAGUAGUGGAGCAGCCGAGCCGACGACUGCGAGCAUCUCAACGACUACUCCCAAUAAACCUCCCAAGCAGAGACGAGCCAACACUGCGCCAUCCAAGACCACCAAGAAUAGCAAUUCUACCAGUGGUACCCCGACGCGCAAGUCACGUGGAGAGCCCCGGUCCGCAAAUAGAUCACGUGCAAAUAUGGACCGUGGUACCCCAUCCUCACACGGCACCCCAGGCAAAAAGCGUAAUGCGCAGAGACCAUCAGAUCCUGACUUCGUCAAGAGAGGUGAAGGAGUCCUGUGGACUCCUUAG